GUCGCCUCCGCUCCCCUCCUCCCUGUCGCCCCCGUCCUCCGAAUUUCUUGCUGUUUUUACACCCCAUUCAUUCCCAACCUCCGCCGCGCCCUCCUCGCGGACACGUUCUUUUCAAGACUAUCUCUCUCACUCUCGGAUCUGUACGACUACCUAUCAUCACCCAACACAAGAACUCGGACGACGACCAUCAUCUCCUACCUCCCAAUACCGCCAAGCCAUUUGACCAAACUCGCAGAAUACCAGAGGAAAAAUGACCGGAUCUUCUGCAUUCUCGGGGUUCAGGAUAGGACAUGCUGGUGGUACCCACCGUAAAGUAAAAAGGGCUGACUCCUCUUGUUCCACCGGCGGCUUCUACCUCUCACCCUCCUCGGGCGACACCAUCGAAUACACUUCGGCUCUCAACAUCUCCUGGGACACCACCUGCCUCGACAGCACCAACGUCGACAUCUAUCUCAACGCUCCCGCCGCCGACACCGCCCAGAUCUACAAGUGGACCGAUGUCUACAACUCCUACGGCUACUACGAGACCUACCUCGAGCCGAAAUGGUGGAAUUCGACCUCCUCCGUUUCCCUCCAGCUCACCAUCGUUGAGUCCGGCACCCUCCCAGCCAUGGCCACUCUCCCCGCCGGUCCUGUCUUCACAGGCACCUAUACUGCAUCGGCAUCUGGCUCGACCCCCUCCGCGGCUGCUGUCACGAGCGGCGACUCGACGGUGACGAAGGUCAACAACGCACCGACCACUUCUAGCGGUCUCUCUGGCGGCAAGAUCGCAGCAGCCGUGAUCAUGCCCCUCCUCGUCGUCGGCGCCCUCAUCUUCCUCGCCUGGUUCAAGCUCUUCCGCGCGCGCCACAAGGAGAAACACAGAGCGUACGGCGAACACAUCGACAAGCGCAUGUCCACGAUCUCGACCGACUGGAAAUCGAUGACCCCCUCUGGUGCUCAGGCCGCUAUCCGCAACAGCAUGGCCGUCCCGGGCAACCGCGCCUCGUCGUUCUCGUUCGGCGCUAUUCGUCCGCCGAGCACGUUCGACGCCGAUGGAACCACACUUCGCGAUUCGUUCGGUACGGACCCUAGCAACGGCCAAGCGCCUUCCUUCACCUCCUUCAGCAACGGGACCGGUCUCGGCGGCAUGCACGCGAACAAGAAGUCGAUGUCGCAGCUCCGGCCGGGUACGGGUCUCAGGACGGCGAACCCGACGAGCGGCGAGAGGAUGUCGAGGGUGUCGUUCGCGGCGGACGUGAGGCCGAGCUCGGAAUAUACGAGCAGGAAGAGCAUAGCGAGUAGAGCGUUCCAUACGAGCGUUGUCGUGCCGCCUGUGCCGCAGAGGCAGGAUUCGGCGGAGAUGUCGGUGUUGAGCCCGACGCAGAGGAGUGGGCCGGUGGCGUUGAGUGUGGAGGAUAUUAAUGCAAGGUUGUCGGUUGUGGGUGGGAAUGGGGGAAUGAGUGCGUCGGAGGAGGGUGAUGUAGGACCGGCGUUGCAGAUGAUGGCGAAUAACUACUCUCAAGACGAUGUUGCCUCGUACGACUCAGGCUCCGUCAACGCCACCGUCAGCCAUAAUCAUGCCUACAGCAUGACCCGUACCCCGUCCAACCCGUCGCGUCUCUCUAUGUCCUACCAACUGCCGGCCUCGCCUCCCCCCAUACACGCAACUAUCCCGACCGUCGCGUCUCCCACCGAAGCUUUCGCGUCCUUCGCGUCUCCCACCUCGGCGUUCCCGACGCAAACCGUGUCAAGCCCUACGCAGGCGUUCAUGCCGAUGCAGUCCCUGGCGAGCUUCUCGUCGCCGGACGAUAUGUUGAAGGCGUAUGCGGAGAGGAGGACUGGGUCGCCUGCGUUGGGGGCCAGUUCUGGGUUGGCGAGUCCACCGGCUGCGUAUAAUGGGUUGAGGAAUGAUUGAGUGUGAGGAGGUGAGGACUGGGUGAAGGUGAUGAAAACAAGCCUCGCGGCUGCUUGCACAUCCGUCCAUCCACACACCUAUCCGCCGAGCUAUGCACUCACCAUAUGUCCACUCACUAGUCCUUCGACCACUCCUCCGGUCUUGUAACUUCAACCACUCGCCCUCCUCAGUUCCCUCGGUCUUCAACGGUUUUUGGUCCGGCUUAUCUGCUUUAUUGUUAUCGAUUAUAUACCUCCGUCGAUGCUCGCUCGCUGGCCGGUCGUCCUACGCCGAUCGGUCGACUUGCGUCAGCACCAAGGUUAUAUCUAUCCCUGCCUCUCUGUCCUUUUCGGUGUUCAGUUGUCUAUAGUGUAUAUUGAUUGGUUCUUCGCCUCGACUCGGGUAUCCCUUCCCUCUUCCUCCCUCUCCUUUCCCUUCCCUCUUCCUCCCCUCCUUUCCCUUCCCUCUUCCUCCCCUCCUUUCCCUUCGCUUUCCCCCGUGGUUUCCUGGAUGUGAUUCCCUUCUUCCUUCUUCCUCGAAAUAAUCCCCUGGCUUGGCCUCCUUCCGUGUAUUCCGCAUUGCACACUAGCAAUAGCGCUAGCACUCACGAUCACAGUGCUCAGCUCCACAUAUUGCACCUCUAUUCUAUUAUACUAUACCUGUGUUUUGUUUAUCGCGGUUUCAGCUUUCCACAGAAGUAGCUAUAAGGGUCGCUUGCUGUCCCCCCUCUUCUGGUGUCUGGUGUCGAUCGCUCCACCCAAUCCCUCUAUACUCUAUCCUUUUGUUUGUGUCGGUGUCGAUGUUCCGAUAUUUGCACAGCUCUGAGCUAUCACAUACCUAUACCUAUAGUUAUAGCGAUAGUCUCAAUUCGACAGGUAGUGUGCUAGAUGCUAUACCACCCCUUUUUAUCCCCUUGUCUCUUGUUUUGGAACUUACUUUCUGUUACCUUCCCGUCGACUCGCUUCUCAUUGUCCAUAGUCCAUACUCGCGCGGUCUUCUGCCUCAGUGAUCGGGUUCCAUGGGUGGAGUAUCCAGAGUGGGUUGAGUUGCCAGUAGGGAAGGUGGUAUAUACCCUUGAUACGCCUCUUCUUUUGUUUGAGCUUUCUUGUUUGUACCAGUUGUGUUGGUUGGUUUUUGCAAUGAAAGCGGUGUGUGAACGU